AGAGGGGAUACACACACAAUUAAAAACCGCGUAUAUGUCUCACAUGAACACGUUUUUCUACUGUUGGGUUAUUCUCUCUACCACAGUUUGGCGUGAUAUGCGUCCCGAAUCUGGUAUGCUCGGUCGUGUGGAUCAAAUAAAUGUUACAGUAUUUCUUCGUACGCUCACAUAGCGUGAUCAGUGAUAGUUUAUACGUUUAUUACGAUUAUCUUGUGAAAUUUCGUGCCUUGUUUUAUCACGACGGUUUAUCAUUAUUAUUACGAUGGCUACAAUAGAAUCUUUGCCGUACGAAAUUCUUAUUAUGAUUUUGGAGAAAAUCAGCAUCAAGGACAUUGAUAACUUUAGUUCUACGUGCAAGAAAUUUAGACAAACAUCAUGGGGCGAUAAACUUUGGAUGAAAAAGCUCUAUCAGAAGUGGCCUCGUACAAGAAGAAUUUGUGAUAGAAUAACGGGUGAAAAUCUUAAAAUAGAUUAUGAAACAGUCGUAAAAUGUGUAAAAGGAUUGUACAAUUUAAUAUCCGAAAUACCCAAAGAUAAUUUAAGCGAAACGGACAAAAAAAAAUCGAUGUUAAAAUUUCUGGACAAAACCAAGAAUGAUAUAAUUUAUAACAUCAUUGAAGAUAUGCUUGACGAAAUAAUGUGGCAACAUCCACGGAGAAUUGGUUCCGAUUUGACUCAGAAAUAUUACAGCUACUAUAUUUUUCAACAACUGAAGUAUUAUCAUCUGAAGCACAGUAUACUAAAAUUUAGAAGUAGACACAGAUAUCAUCAACUUUUGGAGGAAAUGAUUACUCUUCUGGUGCAAUGGUUCAAUAUUGACACAGAUAGUUCCUAUCUAUCUUACUCACACAUAAAAACGAUAUUGAAUGAUCGUGCAGAAAUGGUGUUGCAAAAUCUUAGACAAAAGUAUCCCUUGCAUCCUAUAUUUGCGAUGUCUGAUGAUUACUUCAAUUCUUGGAGAAAUCAGUAUAUGUUUUAUACAUAUUGGGAUUACGAAGAAGUAGAGCAGAUUUUGAUUACACUCGAAAAAAGUUUAUUUAAUCAAUCGGCUUGGCAUAGAGGACAAUUAGAUCUAUUAUGGUUAACACAUGAGGAUAAUGAAUCUUUUGUUUCAAGAAAACAAAAAAUAUACUUUCUAGCGAUAUAUCAUGCUAUAUUGCGAAGAGUUGGAAUACACUCCGUUGUAAAUUUCGAAGGCUUUAAACUUCGAAUUUAUCUGAAAUCAAGUCUAGAAUAUAUUUAUGCGUUUCACGACGAUAAUGAUUUAUUCAAAUGUGACUUUACUAUCAUAAGAAGUGACGAUGCCAUAAGAGACUAUAGAAGAUAUUUCGUUAAUGAUAUAGAUGUUUUGUGUAUUAAUGCACCCUUUCAGGUCUUACAAGUAGAAUCGACAUUACUUAAUCUUUGGUCAUCUGAGUCAAAAAAAGAUUUGCAGGAUACAUGGAAAACAGAUCAGGAUGUCACUUACCCAGACAUAUUAAAUAUAAAAUGGGAAUCUAAACUAUCUAUGAUUAUAGAAAAAAGCAAACCAGAUAGAAGAUCGGCAGAACUAAAAUUUGUAAUUGGAACGAUCGUAUCACAUAAAUGUACUGACGGUACUAAUAGAAUUCGUCAUGGGGUUAUAGUUGGUUGGCACUGUUAUUUCAAUAGCUUACCUUUCACAAUAUUUAAUACACCUGAUAUCAAAUUUUGCAUAUAUAAGAACUGUACAGAUUCUACGUGUUUGAUGCAUAAACCAUACUACAUAAUUUUCUGUGACAAAGACAAAUACUGUUAUGUACAACAAGAGAACGUAUCGAUAUUUUCUUCACCAUUUCUACCAUUAAUCGAUCAUGACGAGAUAGGACGAUAUUUUUCUAAAAUAUUUUUCUGCGAACGUUUUUAUUAUGUACCGAAUGAUAUGCUAGCAAGAUAUUAUCCAUGUGACGUCGCUAUAAUUAACGAAAUGAUGCAUAAUAAAUAGUUUAUGUUACAAUAGAAGGUUUAGGAUAUAUAUGCGAAUACUUCAAACAUUUUUAUGCAAAAAUUACAAAUAUUAUAAUAUGAUAAAAAUAUUCUGUAUAGAAAUAUUUAUAUUGCUUUUAUAUACAAAUACUUAUUUGAUUUUUCUUAUUUUCUUUUAUUUGGAUGUGUGUAUUAAGAUAGAUAAAGCUUAAUUUAAUUUUUGUGUUUAUUAUAUAAAAUAAGGUCACACUUCUCAUUUUCUUUUAAUAACAUUGAAUCGUAAAUAGGAAACUUUAUAAAUAUUGUUCAAUGUCAAAUUUUAUAAGACAAGUACAGAAAUGUGCAAAGUGUUGCUGAAUUGGAGAGUCUUGCGUUUAAUCGAAAAAUAAAGAAAAGGAAGUUGUAUAAAAACUCAAAUAUU